GCGCGUUGCAGUGAGGAAUUGGAUGAAAAACGACCCAUCGUUUUUCCAACAUUGACAAAACUAGAUGGAAGACGUCUUUCAUUUAAAACAAACGACUAGCAUUAUCAUUUAAAUAAUUUGGAUGGGCAAAAACAUUAAUUGAGCCAUGAAUCCAGUAACUGCAUGCAUGUAGAUCAGAAAAUGCAUCUCUGGAUCUGACAUUUGAUAGGAAUUAGAGAAUGGCAAAGGAGACAGAGUUUAAAUAUGUAGAGGGUUGCAAGGGCGUUAAUGGCCACGACAAGGUCAUUCUCAGAGAGGUUCGCGGUUUCUCUGCGGAGGUGUACCUUUGUGGAGGGCAAGUGACAUCUUGGAAAAAUGAAAAUGGGGAAGAAAUGCUUUUUAUUAGUAGCAAGGCCACUUUUCAGCCCCCAAAACUAACUGGUGGAGGCAUCCAAAUUUGUUUUCCUCAAUUUGGAAGUCACAGUUCUCCUGAACUACAUGGAUGUGUAAGAAGCAGGUUAUGGGGAAUUGACCCUGAUCCCCCUCCUUUUACAACAAAUAGUUGCAACAAAGCUUUCAUUGAUUUAAUUCUUAAACAUUCUGAAGAAGGUGUUAAGAUCUGGCCCCAGAGAUAUGAGUUUCGCCUGAGGAUUACUUUGGGACCUGGAGGAGAUUUAAUGUUAACUUCUCGAAUUCGAAAUACAAAUACGGACGGAAAGCCAUUUGCAUUCACAUUUUGCUACAAGAACUAUUUUGCUGUUUCUGAUAUCAGUGAAGUGCGUGUUGAAGGAUUAGAGACUCUGGAUUAUCUAGAUAACCUGAAGAAUAAGGAAAGAUUUACUGAACAAGAAGACGCAAUAACAUUUGAAUCAGAAGUGGAUAAGAUAUACGUUAGUACACCAACCAAAAUUGCUAUUCUGGACCAUGAAAAGAAGAGAACAUUUGUGCUACGAAAGGAUAGCCUUCCUGAUGCUGCGGUCUGGAAUCCGUGGGAUAAGAAAGCAAAGGCAAUGCCUGAUUUUGGAGACUCUGAAUACAAGCAUAUGUUGUGUGUAGAAGCUUCUUGCGUAGAAACGCCUAUAACUUUGAAGCCUGGUGAAGAGUGGAAAGGAAGACAGGAGCUAUCUGCUGUCCCUUCCAGUUACUGUAGCAGUCGCCAUUAACCUUUCUUUUUCUUUUUUAAAUCCUACUUCAUUUUCAUUUAGGUAGUAGUUCAUUUUCAAAGAUAUUAAAAUUCAAAUUUUGUCCAUUAGGUAAGUUGGACAUUGCAAUUUGGCUCUGUUCUUUUCA